GUUAUCCUUGGUCUCCUCAAGAUGCGGCAGUGCACACAUCUCGUUUUUAAUCGAAACUAUACAGCAUGAUAUUUCGUGAACAGCAACAUGUAAACUGCAGAUGGGAUAUAGAAACCGCGUAAAGCGCAGCAGAUUCCAAUUAAAUUAGAUUACUGGAUUGGCUGCAACAGAUUAUAGCACAACGCUCCACGACGCUGGCAAGAGACAUUUCUCACCUGCAGAAGUCAUCAUUACUAGGCAGGCAACCAUGCUGACAAGCUUUAUCGAUGGGCUCCUGUGCUGCCUUACGGGGAAAUCCGUCAACGUGGUUGUGCCCAUCGAGACCUCAGAGCCAGCGGACGGCUUCGAAUUUGUGGAGGUGAAGCCAGGGAGGGUUCUCCGGGUGCGGCACAUCAUUCCGGAGAGGCCAGCGGUGGUGGAGCAGGCGAACGGGCAGGGAGGCACGGUGCACUGCAAGAGGAAGAUCACGGUGUACCGCAACGGGCAGAUGGUCAUCGAGAACAUGGGCGACGUCCUACGCGCCGAGCUCCUCCACUGUCAGAACGGCGACACGGAGCCGAACAGCACCGUGGAGGUGGACCUCUUGGACCCGAACACUCCCGUCACGUCCACGAGCACCCCGGACCCCAAUGUGACUACCCCCCCGUCUGGACAGCAACAAGAACAACAACAAGAGCAACAACAACCAGAACAGCCUCGGCGACGCAAGCGCAAGCCCAAACGCACGGUGGUGAUAGACUGCGAGCAGAAGAUCUCCAGCUGCAAGGGCACCCACCCGGACGUGGCGCUCUUCUUCGUCCACGGCGUGGGCGGCUCGCUCGACAUCUGGGCGCGCCAGCUGGAGUUCUUCUCCUGCCUGGGCUACGAGGUCAUCGCCCCCGACCUGGCGGGCCACGGGGCGAGCUCGGCUCCGCAGAUCGCGGCCGCCUACAGCUUCUACGCCCUGGCCGAGGACAUGCGCGCCAUCUUCAAGCGAUACGCGAGGCGGCGCAACAUUCUCAUCGGACACUCCUACGGGGUGUCUUUUUGCACUUUCCUGGCCCACGAGUACCCGGAGCAGGUUCACAAGGUUGUGAUGAUCAACGGUGGUGGUCCAACAGCCUUGGAGCCCAGCCUCUGCUCCAUCUUCAAUCUCCCUACCUGUGUGCUGCACUGCCUGUCCCCCUGUUUAGCCUGGAGCUUCCUCAAGGCUGGGUUUGCCCGUCAAGGUGCCAGGGAGAAGCAACUUCUGAAAGAGGGCAAUGCUUUCAACGUGUCGUCGUUCGUGCUGCGGGCAAUGAUGAGCGGGCAGUACUGGCCGGAGGGGGACGAAGUAUACCACGCCGAGCUCACCGUGCCCAUGCUCCUGGUGCACGGGAUGCACGACAAGUUUGUGCCCAUUGAAGAGGACCAGCGCAUGGCGGAGAUACUCCUCCUGGCCUUCCUGAAAAUCAUCGACGAGGGCAGCCAUAUGGUGAUGAUGGAGUGUCCAGAUACGGUCAACACCCUUCUGCACGAGUUCUUUCUCUGGGAGCCGGACACCUCCAAUGGCUCCAAAACCAAAAAAGAACCUGCUAAACCUACUACUGAGAAGAGUCCUCCAUCCAAUGGGGAGGUACAGCCUGUAGCAGAGGGCAAGGACAAGAACAAGAACAAGAACAAGUAACCAAAAGCCAAAGCAGAAAGGUUGGUUGGUUGCUUGUUCCAUGGCUGGCUGGGCUGAGUAUUUCUGCUCACAGGCUGAGAGCUGUUUUUUAAGAGGUCAGAGUCUAAGGACACUGCAGGAGGCUGCGAGAAGCUCCAAGCUUGAGCUGGACCUGAACAUUACAUCGCAGCUGAAAUAAAGGACGGGGACUAUGGGAAAGAACAGAGCUUAAAGCAAAGGAAAUUAACGACAGAGAUGAGUUUGUUUUUUGUUUGUUAGAAAAAAAAAACCCAUCUUUAAAUGGUGAUAGGGUCUUCCUCUGACUCUCUCCCACUGCAUUAUCUGUGGGAGAGGACUGACCUGAGACCGAGUUUUGGGGUGAUUAACAGAUUGCGUUGCAAGAUGCCGAAUAGGGUCAUGGUAGACCACAUUAGGGGAAUGCGUUUGACUGGUACAAGGCACAGAUGUGGGGGUUUGGUCCCAUGAAUGGCUCUCAAGAAGUGGUUUUUUGUACCAGUGCAGUUCAGUAAUGAUGUUGCUUAGACAAUGAGCCAGUUACACUAACAGACAAAGAAAUGCCUGUUCAUGGGAAGCCAUUUAAUCCCUCUUUCAUUUUUAUUUCCCUUUUUUUAAUAUAAAGAGAGACCAAUAUGUUAACUAAGGCCAGGCACAUUCAUCCAAAGGUAUGGCCAAAAUAGAUGUGAAGCCUCAUAUAGUGGUAAUAUAUCAAUAUGAAUUUAAUUGUAGGUAGUGCAAAUAAAAAUACAAAAUAUAUAUAUAUUUUGUGUAUACUCACACCAUAUUGGGUUUGCUUUAAAGAAGCAACUGACAUUGAGCUAGAAAAGUGAAGUCUAGCUAGAAGUUGAAAAUGAGAAACUAGACUGCACCCUAAAUCAGGUUUAUGUUGAGAAAUGAAACAGGGUGAAAUUCAGCAUUUUCUUUUUUCAAAAUGGUAUAUACACCAAUUUCCAUUUGAUAUUUUCAAUUAACAUAACGUGCACGUCGCAAUUUGAACAAAUUUCCUCAAGUUGUCACAUUUGUCAGCAAUUCCAAAACUCAUCUAUAUCUGUGAUGUGUUGGAAAUAUGGCUAAAUAGAGAUAAUUCACCAUAAAUAGGAGAAAAUGGUGCUUGACAAUCAAUAUUGUUUGAGAAGAUUCUUCUGUUAAGACUCAUCAAAGCAGCCAUUGAAAACGAUCAGUCAGUAUAAAGGUUUCUGAGCCCUGAUAUACUUCAGUGACGUCAAACCAUCAAGUAUCGAUACUUUCCAUAUACUGUAGGUUUCAAACUAUUUUUGAACAAAGCUCUGCUUGUGACUAACAUCUUAUCAGUCCAUACAUGUCAUUUACAAACGUAUUUGUAAAAGAUUUUUGUAACAUAAUUUUCCUCAUACUACAGUAAAACCCAUUUAGCAAUAAUGAAAGAUCACAAUUGCAGUACCUGAAUUAUCAUUUCAUGAAUUACAUGCAACAGCAAUGCGGCACUAAUAGCAACUGACAAUUCAAUUUUUGUCAUUCGUCAUCAUUUUACAGCUUUCAUGUUUAAUUUUAAUAUCCUUAAAGUGAUCCUCUACGCUGCAAUUAUGUUUUAAAAUGUUAUACAGAAGGAGCAAAUAUCAGUUUAUAAAAAGCAAACUAUGUUUAUUAAGAUAAGCUACAGUCUGCAGCAUAUUUGUUUCAAUCACCUUAACAACUAAUGACUCUGCAGUAUGUCCCAAAUAGAGUGGCUAUUGAGAUGGUGUAUUUGAACUUAAAUACAGGCCACAGCAAUUCAGAACUUUAUUUAUAUAUGACAUGGACAAGGAUGGCAAAUACGAGCUCUGGUCAUUAAUAAUCCUUGGUCUGUUCAACAUUGGUAUUUAGAGGUGCUAGAAACUUACUUCUUUGAGCAUGAAAAGUCCUGAUGUAAUUUGCCAACAAAUGUUAAUUAUUCAAAUAUUGAAUAUGAACCUAAGGAUGGUGUGAGGACCCAGAAACAUGGCUGAAUGUAAAAGCAUUUUAACUGAAUGGAAAAAUGUUUGUAGGCCUACACACUUAAAGGUACAAUAGGUACGGUUUUUGUGUUAAAACAUUGUUAAAAGAGCAUUGUAAAUCUCUUCAUAUCAUCCCAUCAUGCUCACAGACAUGCUGGUUCAUCCUCUGCCUGCAUUUAUGGUCCUUAAAUUUGGGUACCUAUUGUACCUUUAAGUGUUGUAAAUAAUCCCACAAGAAAUAUCCCACAUUGUUGAUAUAUGAUGUGCAUAUGCACUUUACAGCUAAACCGGGCUUCUAAAUGCAGACUGGACUGCUGAUUUAAUGGUAGCAACUGGCUCAGUCAUCAAGAAGCUUGCAUUUAUAAAAUGACUGCCUCUGCCAAUGGUACUAUAUAUAUAUUAUUUUUUUUACAAUUGUGAAAUGACACUAUUCUGCCAUAAUGUCAUUUUCCUGGAAUGAAAUGGAAAAUGAUCAAUUUUCAUUUAAAAAAGGGACUUGGUGUAAAAAUGAAGACACAGUUUUUUUUUUUUGGUUUUUUUAAAGAAAAUCUUUAGACAUGAAUAACUGAAAACAUGACUGUACAGCUAAUACUACAUGUAAAAAAGCAAAAAAAAAAAAAAAAAAAGCACAAUGACAUUACAAAUGACGAAUAAAAACUUAAAAUGCGACUUGAUGAGAUUACUGGAACAGAACGGAGUAACGAAGCUGUAUACACACUUACAAGCCUUUGCAUACAGUACGUGUGUGUGUAUGUGUAAUGUUGCCAUGUAUUAAGUCAUUAUAUUUUUCAGGUCAACAUUUAUAAUGAAUGUUUAAAAAGGUAUGCAACACUGCUCUUUACACUGUAGUUCAAACAAUGCUCAGACAGUAGACGGAGGAAGCAAUCUUUGGAGUAUCAAUGUCCUUCCCAGACUGGCAAAGCUGCUCCCUCAGUCUGGCCAGCAGAUCUUGUUUAACCACUACGCUGCUAAAAGUGAUCAUUGUCCAGAACGGUGACCGUUCAGUUACUUUAAAGACCACUGGGCCUCGCCUUGGAUAAGUUCAGCAAAUUCUUUAAUGCGGACACUACUUUCAAUGGCUGUACAGGUGCUCAACUGACCCAAUCAAUUUUUUGUGGAGAAGUGAGAUGAAUUAAAGCUCUUUGGACCCCCGUUAAAGGCUGGUGGCUAGGUUUCACAGACCCUCAGUUAAUGUUAUCAGCUUAUGUUAGCGCCCUAAUGUCACAGUAAGUCCCUUUCCCAAACCAUUAAUGCUACAUACUAUGGCUAUUUCCACUAAUUAUAGAGGUCUAACAAUCUAACUACUGCCCUAAAUAGAGUAAUGGAUGCCCUUGGCUAACAUGUUUUUAUAAGCUUUUUAUGUGAUUAGUGUGGUUAAAAUGGAAUCUGAGAAAAGCACUUGCAGUUUAGUCCCGCUUUUUAGGAUCCUGUUGCAGACGGAAGCAACAGACUCAAUAUGCUCAGAGUGUGAUCCUCCACCUGGUCUACAUGAACAUAAUUAUGGUAAAUGGUUAGCAUUUAUCCAAAGCAUUUAUCCACAAUUGAUGCUUAUCAUUCACACACACUCACACACUCCAACGGUGAUAGGCUGCCAUGCAAGGCACCAACUGGCUCGUCAGGAGCAACUGGGGGGUUAGGUGUCUUGCUCAAAGACACCUCGACAAACUCAGGGAAGGAUUGAACCGGCAACCCUCCAACUGCCAGACGACUUCCCUUACCCCCUGAGCCAACGUUGCCCCAAUGAGGCAAUUAUCAACAUACACGUCAAAUUCAAAUCUGUGAAAGCAGGGUUUCAAGAUCCACACACUUAAUUCAGAUAGCACUGAAUUCCAGUUUAAGGAUCCCUUAAGCUUAAACUUCCAAACAAUAUUUCAAAGGAAAGUAUAUCACCAGAAUAUAAAAAUGUGAUGCCACUUUCCAUGUAAAAAAAAAAUUAUUCAUGUUAGUUUGAUCCCAGUGUAGCAAAAAUAAAAUUCCUCUGACUUUAAUCUUUUGAAGAUGCGAACAAACUCCACCCGUUUCAAGUAUGAGGGAAAAA